CGAUGGUCGGUAACUGGUACUUCCGACUAUGGAUGGAGUAUAAAAUGGCCAGUACUUUCCAGCAGGAGCACAAUCUUCUUACAUUCUCUAGUUCUUACCAGAACCUCCUCACCAAAUAAAACAAGAUGUACCGCUUCGUAUCCGUACUUCUUUUGGCUGCUGCCUGCACUGCAACUCCAACUGGCUAUUUGGGACAUGCCGUAGUUGGCCCAGCUGUCAAGGGACACGCUUAUUCCACCCAGAUCCACCAUGGUGCCUCUGUAGUCCAUGCACCUCUGGCUCACCAUGCCGCCGUCGUGGCACCAGUCCAUCACGCCGCUGUUGUCGCCCCAGUCCACCACGCCGCUGUUGUCGCCCCAGUCCACCAUGCUGUACCAGCAGCCGUUGCUUAUUCUUCCAAGAUUAACCACGUAGCUGCUGCCCACCAUGCCGUUCCAGUCGCCCAUGUUGGUGCCAUCCACCAUGCUGCUCCUCUUGCUCAUGUUGGAGCCAUCCACCAUGCUGCUCCUCUUGCCCAUGUUGGUGCCAUCCACCAUGCUGCUCCCCUCGCCCAUGCUGCUGCAGUCCAUCAUUCCUCCGUGACCCACCAUGCUGCUCCUUUGGUUCAUCAUGCUCCAAUUGCCACCCACUACUCCUCCAAGAUCAGCCAUGUUGCCCCAGCACAUGUUGCCAUCCCCGCUCACCAUCAUGCCGUCAACUACAAAGGCCAUGCUCUCCUCUAAACUGUUUUCUUAACUUAAUUCUUCGGUAAAUAGUCAUACUCGUUCAAAGACAAAGAAAAAAUAUAAAAAAAUGGACUUGGUGUAUUGCUUUGGGAGAAAUACCUAGAGAAAUGUAAGAUGGUUGUGGACCGUGUGAGAAAGUACAAUUUUCACAUUGUUUGUUUGUUAAUAAAGUCCUUAAUUUAUCAAAUAAUACCAGUUUCU